UAAAAACACGGAAGAUUGUUGUUUGCCGACUUCAUAGCAGUAAAACAGCGCCGUUACUUUGUUAUUAAGCCCGUGUUCUCUACUCAGUCAUAAAGUGACGUUAUGGAAGACCAAGAAAUGCAAAUGAAGUUAGACGAGUACUGACAAAUUCACAGAGAGCAUGUACGUGCUGGCUAAUGAGCCUUCUGUGGGCUCUCUACAGACUUCAGGAGCACGUUAGGAGGUCUCUGCCGGAGCUAGUCCAGCACAAGACAGACAUGCAGAGCUGGGAAGAGCAGAGCCAAGGAGCCAUUUACACCGUUGAGUACGCAUGCAGUGCUGUGAAGAGCAUGACGAACAGCAGUUUCUACUUCAAAAACAUUGACAGCCUCCUCCGACAAGCCAUCGUUAUGAAGGAACAGAUCAGCAACUCUCAAGGACGCAGGAAAAGGACAGUGGACUCUGGCAUGCAAAAAGAAGGUGGAGAAAAGCAAAGCACUGGGAUGUGAUGUCUGAGUUGGCCGUGUCACUUUAUUCCACUCCUUCUUGGUCGAAGGUCCACUGGGGUCACAGCACCAACACUGCUUCUUUACCACAAUGCAGCGACAGCUCCGACGUCACCCAGUGCAAACUGAGUGGUGGAACAGAGUGCCAAACUACUGCUCAGUCCACCAUUUAAAAACUGUUCAGUCAUGGAUGGUGCACAAAGAAUGCAUUGUUCUCGUGCACUCGCUGCACAGGCCAGAGCAAAAACAAACAGCUGUUUUUGUUUCUGCUGUU